AUGAAGGACUUCAUCGCAGCUCUUCGUAAAUAUGGAGCUAUAGUGGGAAGCUCCUUCAUGCUGGCUAUUAUGAAAGCUGGGGAUUGGUGCCCAAGCGAUCUUGAUAUCGUUCUUCCGGACCAUACAUCUAAACCUUUUGAGACUUUUGUAUUGUCGCAUGGCUACCUGAAGGAUUUCGAGAUCCGAGACAGGCACGAUAACGAUUAUCCGAGUAGAAAUGCCCCAACAAGACAUAGUUUUCGAUAUGUCUGCUAUAGGAAUUCCACCAAAAAGAUCGACUUGUGCUAUAUUCACUUCCCAAACCGCCCCGCCUCACAUAUCCUCACAUAUCAUUCUACCGCCGUGAUGAACUUCUUUGACGGGUGGGCGAUCUACUGUCUCUUCCCCAACUGGACCUUCGCUGGUCAGUUCGCGAAGAACAAGUACCAAAUCUCCCCUUCUCUUCGUACGAUUGCCGCCAUCAACAAGCUGCGGGCGAGAGGUUUUAGCGAAGUCGCGGGCUCUGUCCAAGAAUGGUUUCCUGAGGCUGUAUCUCAGGUCGAUGGCUUCAUUGACCGUAGCAAACUUCGAACGAUCUGGCGGCAUGAACUGAGCGCAUGA